AUGCCACUACACAUCAUGAAGCUUCUGGUGUUUUCCGUGUUCGUCGCCGUGGCGUUUGCAGCGCCUCAAGGUUACAGACUAGGAGAACCUGGCGGACCUGCUUUUUCAGUAAGACAUUCUACACAUGGCGAAGUGAACCACUCUGAUAGUAUUACUACUACAUCGCAAGGUACUCCGUUAACUGAUGAUGGACUUUCUACUGACGCGAUUUAUUUAGACAACGAACAAGCCAGAUUUGAAAUUUUGCCUAUUUCCAACGCUUCCACGGGCACAAGUACAAUCACUGAAACCUUAGAUGAAGGUGAAGAUAAUACUGAAAUCUCAGCCGAUUCUGAUAGUGGACUCUCCACUCGUGCUGACAAUGCCUCUGAUGGUGAACUCGAAAGAGAAUGCCCUGAGGGAGAGAUCAGAUAUAUUGAUGGGUCAUGUGUUGUCCCAGAAAUCACAAGGAAAAUCUUCGUUUUCUCUGUACCUAAACAACCACGAGUAGAUAACGCUUCUUUCCCCAGUCUUCCCCCGCCAAGAGUAGACCACAAUGUCCUCUUUGUUCGUCUCCCCGAGGGCGGCACUGCACCUGAACCUAUCGUCGUCCCUCCACCUCGACAAGAAAGCAUUAUCUACGUCCUUAACAAGCAAGAGGAACAAACUCAACGUGUGAUCGAAGUACCUGCCCAACCUCCGUCUGAGCCUGAAAUAUACUUCGUUAAUUACGAAGAAGGAGACAAUCCUACUCUACCUGGAGGCUUUGAUCUCUAUACUGCUCUGAGCUCCGCUACUAAAACUAGUGGUCGUUCAGAAGGAAACGCAGUGACUCUCGGCAGUGGAACAGACGAGAAACACGGUAAUGUUGACAUCAGCAACAAUGAAGAACACUUCGAUGGGACCACAGGCGUUGUAAUUGUUCACCCUGGGCCAGAGGAGAAUUUAGUUACAUCUACUACUGCCCAAAGUCUCGGUUUACCCAGUGACACUGUGAACGUAGGCGGGAAUGAGAAUGUAUCUUCAGCUCAAUCUGUACCAGAUGUCGCUAAGUCUGAUGUCGAUGGCCUGUAUCAAACUCCAUAGAUCGUAGAUUUAUGACAUUGUAAUUCUUAGCUU